UGUUCACUAGUAGAUAAUAAAUUUUGGUAUACAGUUAUUUGAUAGAGAUUUUUAAUUGACCCAACUCUAAUCGAUAACGUGUAUUUGUGUUUACUAAUAUAGGUUUAUCACUAAAGAGUGUAUUAGUUUCGCAUAGACGUAAUUUUAUCAAAACGUGUAGUGUAAUUCAGUGACGUAUACCUUUCUAGUAAGUUGACAACAGACUCUGCUUGUAGUGUAUACAGAAUCGAGUUUUAGGUUUAAUUGAUUUUAUCGAAUUGAGUGGAACGCUGAAAUGGCCGACAUGCAUUUUGUGUAUGGUCUGGCAUAUUCCUCGACAAGCUAGACGUCUUUAUAUGAAAACUAUUCGCAGCCAAUGACGCCUCUUCAUUACGUAUUUGCACGUAUUAACAACCGCUUAUCCGAAACUGGAAAGUUGAAAAGAAAUUUAGUCAACACUGUUCGUUUCCGGAUAGUUAGAUAGUUAGAAAGGUAUCGAAUAGUACUUAGGCCCAUGCAUUUGAAAUUCUGGUGAUUUAAAAGUGAUCAAUUUGAUGUAGCAUGAAGUGAUCACAGUCAGUGAUAGUUUCCACAAAUUACGUAUAAGUCUUUUGAGAUUCGAACUUUAUAUACAUUAGCGAGCCUUAUAUAAUUCACUGCUGGUCGAUAUAAGUAGAAAUGUAGAGUGUUUCAAACAUAAGGUGACACAUUCUCCAAACCUAUUUCAUCAGUGGAUAUAUUCCUCGGAAACCCCCCCCAAUUGUUCUGUGGAUCUAAAGCUUUCUACAUCGACUAAUACAGAUUCAAACCAUUUCGAAUUGAUCCAUUUCAAAUAUAAUUCAAACAAAAUCGAUUUUGAUAACAUCCGAAUGUUACAUUAAGCAACUGUAGUACUUAGAGAAUCUAAACUCAGAGUAGAUUUUAUUCAUAAUGAUCCUGCUUUAUCAGGAGAAUGGUACGAAAUUAAAAUCAACGUUAAAAAUGAGGAAUUGUAUGGUAUUUAUGGAAAUGGAAGUAUGGAUUGAAGAAGAAAUAACUGAUGGUUACAGAAAAUUCCAGUUGCAUACACUCAACUCUACAAGAAACAAAUAAUCUUCAAUAAUGGCUGCGUUCGUAGCGAAACAAAUGGUUGGAAACAAAUUAAACGCCGUUAAAGGAGCGGUGGGUGGUGAUGGUGAUGAUGGAGACGACAAAGAAAAGGAGGAAGAGGCCGAAAGGGAGCGGCUGGAAGCUAUCCGUGAAGCAGAAGAAAGAAGGAAGGAAAAACACAGAAAAAUGGAAGAAGAAAGGGAAAAGAUGAGGCAAGAAAUCAGGGAUAAGUAUAAUAUAAAGAAAAAAGAAGAAGUAGUAGAACCAGUUCAAGAAGAACCAAAUCCCCUUAUGCGGAAGAAGAAAACUCCCGAGGAAUUAGCUCGGGAAGCAGAAGAGGCGGACGAAGAUGAAUUUACAAAAUUGAAGAACACGAUAGAGACACAAGUAAAUGAACUCAAGUCUCAAAUAGAAAGUAAAUGUGUUAUGCAAUGAAUUUGGGGAUACCACAAGGCACUUACUGCGGGCCGUCUACACCAUAGGGCGUCAUUAUAGAAAAACAAGUCAACCUUCAUAAUUUAAUUUAUUUAGUUCGAAAACAGGGUUUAUAUUUUGAUAGCUUGUAUAUAUUGUCUUUGAAAAAAACAUUUUUAAUCGAUAUAAGUAUACAAUGGUUUUUAAUUAAGAGCGUUAAUGAGAUACUACAUACAAGCGUCAUCAGUAUCAAUAUGAAAAUCAUUAUCUUGAACUUGUGUCGUUUAAUACAAUAAUUUUCUUGUAAUCCCUGUAUAUGGAAUCCUUUAGAAAAAAAUCCCUUGAAUUGGGUGAGGAUUUGACAACAGUACCACUUAUGUUAGGAAAAGCAAUUUUAAAGAUAAACAGAGGCAAAUAGGUCGUAAACCAAAGUAUUAUUUCUAAUAUUAGAUGAUUGUUGCAAAUUCUAGACCCCACCAUACACUUUAUGUAACAAUAACUUGGCCACGCAGCUAAAUGCCUAAAACAAAAAAAGAGACUGCGAUAAACAAUUAACAAAAAACAAAUAUAUUAUGAUGACAUGUGUUCAAAUAUAACUUGCCAAGUAUAAAUUCAAAAUAUCUUUUUCUAAAAAAUGAUGCUCGUAAUCAAUGCAAUAUUUUCCACGUAUAAAUCGAACCAAUUGUGAGGUUAAUCUCUAGAUUAAAUUCUAUAAUAAGAAUUACUCUGAUUUUAGAUAUCAAAAUUACAAUGGAAUGUCUUCAUAUUUUUUCAAUGCAAUGGGAAAACAUAGUACAUAUUCUAUAAAAACUUUUAAUAGUCAUUACUUCAUAUUUUUACAUUCAAUUUACCUGAGUAUUAAGUUACAAAUCGAUUGACCAAAAACAAAGUAGUUGUCAUCUUUUAUAUUCUUCUUGGAAAUUUCGAUUGAUUCGUAUCAAAUUUGCAUGCAUUCUGUUAAUGUAGCAUCCGUUUCUCUAAAAAAGUGUUGACUGGUAUGUAGGUAUUGGGGUUUCAUAUAUACUAAGAUCCAAAUGACCUAUAGUGUCCCUCUUUCUGGAUGCGAUAAUGGGGAACCCAAUGUUUACAGAUGAUCUGUUAAUCCCUCUUCUUUUAGAAAAUCCAGAAUUUGGCAUGACUAUAACUGACAGCGGUCUUUGUCUACUUCAUACGCUCCCAAGUGUAGUACUCUAGUAUUGACUGGUAUUGUAGAUGUUCAUUUUUAGGUUAGAAUAUUUUUAAUACGAUAUUUACUUACUUCAGUGCGUAUUUUAGAUGUUCGCAAUUGGUUCAUAUUCUGGUUCUGAUGUUUAUCGGUACUCCUUUCCAUCAUAGAAACGUAUCUUCUUAUUUUGUUUUCCAUAUUCCAUUCUAUAUUCGAGUAUUUCUUGUCUUGUAUUGAUUCUGAUAUUCUGAUUAUUGUUUGUUUCAUUCAUAAUUUACUAUAUAUACAAUAUAAACUCAACUAAUUUUAUGAAUUCUUGGAAUACGUUUAAGAAAUGACAACACUGUUUAAAAAAAAGUCUAUCUGUUAUUAGACCAUUGAAAUUAAAAGUAUCCAGUCACGUAUGUUAAAUUAAUAAGAUACUGUACGAGAAAAAACACAUUCGUUUCAAACGUUUUUUCCCCAAACCGACUGAGGCGCCCUCUAGGACACACAUGCUAGUUUACUGACUUUUUUCAGUUGAGGAUACUGUGGAAUUUAAAACGCAGCAUGGCGUUUUCCAGAUCGAUUUUAGAAUUCAAUAAAGGGCAUUAAUUUCAAUACAAAAUAAUGACAUGAGUAAUCAGAUUAUGAAGUGUUGUAUAGACAACUAAACAACGGUUUUAAUUGACGAAUUGGAGGAAUUAUUAACUCCUGAUUUUGGCAGAAUCUAUAAUAUGCAGCUUCUUUCUAUGUCUACUUUUAUAAUCAUCACAUUUUACGUUUCCUUUUCAUUCCAUUUGUGUCCUUCAUGUUCAUUUUUAUUUUAACAUUUUAAGCGACAACCAAACUUUCCCCAGGAACCCAAAUUUUUCUUGUGGUUUCACACUCAAUUUGAGGUGUAGAUCCAACGCAGAUUUAUUACGAAUAAAAAGUGGAAAAAAUCAUGUUUUUUCUGUGUAUUCUACAUUCAACCAAACCUAUUUAUUGUAGACAUUGCAAAAAAUAGGACUACCCAUAGAUGUUGUAAAAAAGAAGCCGAAGAAAUUAAAUUACCAACAAAGAAAA